GCGUAAAGUCUAUUUGGGACCCCUGGCCUUGUUCACAACAUUCCUCCUUUACAGAUCGAGUCGAGAAUAGCGUCCCCCCUAAGCCUCAGUACUAUGGUGUAGCACUAAUUGGCCAUUCCGAUAACUAGAAUAGGACUGUCAACAUUACAUACCCAUCCCAUGCUAGGAAAUAGCGAUGCUUAAGGUUCAGACGGGACAUUGUCCGGGGAUUUAGGGAUGUGGCCGUUAGCAACGCCACCAGCGAACUCUCCUAUUCGUUGUGUCUACCCGUAGGCAUUCUGUGAGUGGUCCGGGAGGAUGCUAGCUCCCUUGGUGCUCUUUGGGUAUCCAUGGAUGUGCUGUAUUCCUGUAACUCAUCUGUAAUCAAGUCAACUAAGAAUACCAGGAGCUCCUCCACUCAUUAUAGAGAGAAUGACUCUAUGAUCGAAGCUAUGGAAUGGCGGUUAUAUGCUAACAGCAUUUUCACCCAAUGAGUUCACCUGCUUGACCUUCUCCAUGUCUAUAUAAUAACUUCCCAUCUGGCCCAAUUCUUUAUAUCUGGGAAUGUUUCCAUUUUAUAUUACCAAUCACAUUAUUAUAUCUGAUUCUUAAGACUCACUACCAUCUUAACUACUAUUAUUCAGUACAGUUGUUGCUGUCAGGCAUGUCAUCUAGCACGCCGUCUAGUCCCAACUAUACAUCUUUCCUAAGCUUUGACGCGGGAAUGUCUAACUCUUCAAAACCUACGGGGGAUAUCACGAACAAGGGAGGGAAGCGCAAGGGAAGCAGAAGUGUAUCGACUCUCACUCCCUCGCAGCUCUCACGGAAGCGCGCCAAUGACCGUGAGGCUCAAAGGGCCAUUCGGGCCCGCACAAAGGAACACAUCGAGAGCCUCGAGCGAGAAAUAGAGGACCUGCGCAGCCAGCAGAGCCGUGAUCAGAUCGUCCAGAACCUGCUUCGCAAAAACCGAGCGCUGGAGGAUGAGCUGCGCCGCCUUAGAGAGUGUAUGGGGAUACGUCAUAGUGAUGCCAGCGAGCAGUACCAGUCUGUGUUCGACCACACUAGUCCCCGCCAGACCAUGGGACAGCCCAUGGCCGGCUACUCGAUGAUGCAAAAUAUCCCUUCUUAUGACUCCAUGCCGGAUGCGACAGGGGGCUGGUCGACGGCUGUCCCUUGCUCCAUCUCCUCUACCGUUUCCAGCCCGUCGUCAUCGGGAGGCACAGAUGACUUUGCUGGGGGUAAUUAUCUCUCUACAUCCGGCUCGCCUACGGUCUUCGAGCGGGGGAGCUUGCCGCCUCACGCUCGGUCUCCCGUCAUCUCUGGUGAGAACGGUGACGGUGGUUUUGAUGAUGUGAAGCCUGACUUCGCUUGUCAUCAGAUCAAUAUGAUGCCACUCACUUCGAACUACUCCUACCAACCCUGGAACCUCUACCCUACCAUGCAACACUACCAAGCGCCGAUGCAACUAGACCACAGUCACCAAAUGCCGCAGAUUGCACGAUGUCAGUUUUGAGCGCCAUGCCACAUUGCGGGACUGGCAUGUUUUUGUAAGAUAUGAUAUGGUUUAGGAGUUUUUGGCGAAAUAUGGCAGGAGAGCAACUUAGCCUUUGAUUUUUGAAGGCUAUACUUACUACAGCAGCGAGCUUCAUCUGACGAUGUUGGAAGGCUUUAUUCAGCCCCCUUUCAAUCUACCACUACACGUUUUAUCUAGAUGCUAUAUUUCUCGAUAGCAACCAUAAAAUGGUUCGUCAGAUUUGCAGAUAGAGAGACAGACUACUACUACUACUACUACCAACAGAGAAGCUCAUAGAUUUUAACAUUUUCUUGGCUUUUUUCACCACUAAAACGACA